UAGUUAAUUUUAAUUUGAAUGAGUUUUUGAAUAAAAUUGUGGAACUGUUUUUACUGUAAAAUAUUGAAUGAAAAAAUUUUUUAAGAUGACUGAGGAAUCAAUUACUACUCGAUUACAUAGAUUAAAUGAUUUGAUUAUUGGAAAACCUACCACGAGUAGCAUUUUUCAUUCGGCCCUAUCCAGAGAAUGUUUAUUAGACGCUCUUUUUAUACUGUAUAAUGAGUGUAGCAAGGAUAAUGUGAAAAAGCGGCAUAAAAACAUUUCUGAAUUCGUAGCUAAAUAUGGUAGUGUGAUGAACGAAGUAAAAGCCUUAAGAAUAAAUACUGGAGAUUUUAACGAAAGUGCAUUGAUAGGCGAAGGGUAUUUUGGUUCGGUUUAUCUAGUGUCUGAAAAAACCACUGGAAACUUAUACGCAAUGAAAAAAAUUAAGAAAAGCAUAAAUUCUUUGCAAGUAAGAGAAGAGCGGGAGAUAAUGUCAAGAAGAUGUUCAAAAUGGAUUACCAAAUUGCAAUACUCUUUUCAGGACUCAGAUUUUUUAUACUUGAUAAUGGAAUAUAUGCCUGGAGGAGAUUUAAUGAGCUUAAUGAUUAAAACAGGCCGAUUCGAAGAGGAUUCAGUAAAGUUUUAUUUGGCUGAAAUAAUAGUGGCACUGAAUGAAUUACACCUUAUUGGGUUCGUUCAUAGAGAUGUAAAACCAGAAAAUAUCCUUAUUGACCGUUUUGGUCAUAUAAAAUUGGCUGAUUUUGGAAAUGCAACUGCCGUUAGUAAAAAUGGAAGUGUAAUUAGUUUGUCUCCGGUUGGAACACCAUUUUAUAUUGCACCCGAGCUUCUGCGAGCUAUAACCUUAACUUCGAAAUCUGUGCAUGACGUUACAUGCGAUUUUUGGUCAGUGGGUGUAAUUGGUUACGAAAUGUUUUAUGAAACAACACCUUUUUAUGAUGAAAAUAUUCAUGAAACUUAUUCGAAAAUUCUUAAAUACUGCGAAGAAAGCACCGAAAAUGAAAAAAUUACUUUUCCGUUUAAUGUAAAAAUUACUGAUGAUUUUAAAAGUUUAAUAGAAAAUUUAAUAAAUAAACCAUCGAAACGCUUAACUUUUUCAAAAAUCAAAAAUCACCAAUUUUUCAAAAAUACGAAUUGGAAUUCAUUGCAUGAGCAAAUUCCUCCAUAUAUUCCAUUCCUUAAAGGUGAAGAUGAUGUAUCAAAUUUUGAUUGCGCUAGAAAAAUACAGAGGAAGCAAAGUAAGCAUAUAACACAAAAUAUUUAUUCUAAAGAUUUUUGUGGUAAAGACCUCCCAUUUUUGGGAUAUGGCUUUAUACAUGAAGAAAAAUUUGCAACAGUUAAUAUAAAUGAAGUAAGUAAUGAAUUGCAAAUAGUUCAAUUAAAUAAUAAAAUUAAGGAAUUGGAAUUGAUCAAGAAUAAUCAAGUGGAAGAAAUCACACAUUUAUACAAUAAAUUAUUGAUCGCUGAAAAAAGAGGUGCACAGUCUGAUUUGACAGAAAAAAUUUUACAUGAAGCUAAAGAUGAAAUUAUAAGAAUGAAGGAAAUGUUAAAAGCGAAAACUUUCGAAUUAGCUAAAUCGAAAACAGAAAUUAAAACGUUACAAAACUCAUUAAAAAUUGAGGAAGAACAUCGAUUGAAAAACGAUAAUUCAGUUUCUGAGGUUUUAAACUCCACUUUCAAGAAAUGGGAAAAAGCAAAAACUAUUAGUGACCAAAACUAUGAAAAGCAGAUAUCAGAAAAGAAAACUGAAAUCACAAAAUUGAAUCAAAAAUUGACGUGUUAUCAAAACGAUCUUACAAGCAAGAUUGAAGAGGUAAAAGAAUUGCAUGACGAAAUAAAUACUUACAAGAAGCGUCUUCAAAACGAAAAAGAUAAAUUUUUUGUGGAUAAAAGGGAGUUUGAUAAAAUAAAGUUAAAAAUGGAAGAAAUAUAUGAUGCUAAAUUGAAUGAAUUAAAAACAAAAUGGGAAAAUGAAAAAGAUUCAAACAAUGUGUUAAAAAAUGAACUGUAUGAGGUAAAAUGCAAAGGUGAUGAAUAUUUAAAAUUAUAUGAAAACAAUUUACAAGCGAAUCUGAUAGUAGAAAAGAAGUUAAGUGAAAUCCAAGAAAAGUUAAAGGAAGAGAUUGACCUCAAUAACGCACUUUCUACAGAGAAUAUAAAAAUUAAACAAGAAAAAACAGAAAUGGACAAAGCCUAUGAAAGUCUGUUCGAAGAACAUGAAAAACUUAAGCAAGAAAACCGUCUCAGAGAAGUUAGUAAAUAUUUAAAUAUUGAAAGUGGUAACUCUUCUAAAUAUCAAAGUGUAUCUGGAAGUUUGACGGAGUUGCAUCAGGUGGAGACACAGCAACUGAGGAAUGAUUUAGCAAUAGCGAAAGAGGAGGAAAAUAUGCAACGUUGUAAGGCUGAGCAGUUAGAGAAAAUCGUGGAAAAAUUGGAAUGUAUUCUAAGUGAAAUAAAUGAAAGACCGAAACUAUCCAAUAGCUUACUGGAAAAACAAAAUGAAAAAUUAGAAGAUAGGUUAGCUUUGAUACGCGAGCAAGUAAUAAUAGAAAGGCAAUCUGCGAAAACAGCAAACUUGUCUUUAUGGAAGAUUGAGAAACAACUAGAAGAAUCAAAUGGCGAGAAAAAAAUACUACGUCGACGUUUAGAAUUAUGUGAAACCAAAGCUGAAAGGGCUCAAUAUCAAAAACGCGAAAUAGAAAUGCACGUAAAAGAGCUCGAAAAUGUUAUUAAUCAAAAAGAAGCACGAAUUGAAGAAUUAAAAAAAAAAGUAGAUAACAUGGAUUCUAUUUUACAAGAAGAACAUCAAAGUUUCAUUAAUGCUGAAAAAGAAUGUAAAAAAUUGAAACAUGAAAUUUUGGAACAAAACCAAAAGACCAAAGGUGUAAAUGAAAAAAUUAAAAAUUUAGAACAAAAAAUUUUGCAAUUGUAUUCAAAAAACGAUUCUUUCAUUGUGGAAAAUAGAGAUCUAAGGCAAGAGCUUAAUAAAGAAAGAGAUCGCGGUGCUUCUUUUUCAGAGCAGGCAAGUAAACUUGAAAUAAAGUUAAAGUUUUUCGAGGAGAGUUAUAAGUCUUUAAAAAUCGCUUGCUCAAUAACUGAUCAACAAUUGACUGAUGUCGAGGAGCUUUUAAAUGGGGAAAUCGAAAAAAAUAAAACAAAUCAAGAAAAAAUUCAAAAUUUGCUUCAAAAUAGUCAGGAAAAAGCGAAGUUAAUAUCACAAUUAAAAAAUGACCUUGAUAUAGAAACUUCCAAGAAAUUGGAAGGUGAAAAAAGUAUAAAAAGUUUGCAAUUACAAUGUGGGGAACUGAAAACCAAUAUAGAAAAUUUAAAAAAGCAAUUAAUUUCACAAAACAAAGAACUAAUUAACAUCACUAAUAAUUUACAUUCUACUCAAGAGAAUUUAGAAAUAACAGCGCUAGAGUCCAAUAAUAUUCGAACAAUAAAUAAAAAUUUUGAGAUGGAAAUUAAAACUUUUAAAGAAGAGAACUCGAAAAUUCUUACAAACUUUUUUCUAAUGAAAGAAUCAAAUAAUAAACUUACUCAAGAGCUAAAAUUGGCCGAUCUAACAAUAUGCAGAUUCAAAGAAGAAAAUCAGCAAUUGCAUAAUUUAUUACAGGAACAAAAAAAAUUAAGUGCGCAUAAAGAUAUUAAAUUUGAAGCUACUUUAAAACAAUAUAAAAAAUUGAUUGAUUACCUGCAACUUAAGCUUGAAAAUUUUUCUCAAAAAAAAAAAAAAUGUUUAACUGACAGAUUUUUUGGCACUACAGCUGUAAUUGAUAAAAAAGGAAAUUUAAGUUCAAAUAAUGUGGAAUCAUCGACUUCAUUCAAUUCUUUGCAUGAAGAGUUUAAUAGGGAAAAACAAAAAAAUAUAACUUUUCAAAAGCAGAUAAGAACGCAUAAAAACAACAGCGAGCCAUUUGAUUUUGAAAAAUGUAAUAAAAAAACGCUUGUUCAAGAUAUUGCUUCGUUUUGUAAUUUUGAAAAUUUGAAUGAAAAUGCUGACAAAAUUAGAAAUUCAACUGCAAGUGAUAGUACUGAAUCAUUUCAGAUAAAUCACAAAUUUAAAUUGGAUUUAAAUGAGAAUGAAAAUUGUGCAAAUUGUAUUGCAUGUUCGUCUCCCAUAUUGUGUGGAAUGCCUUAUUGGAUUUGCAGUGAAUGUAAAUUUACCGUACACAAAAAAUGUCGGAGUACUGCAAUUACAUACUGUAAUUCAGACAAAAACGAAAGUAUUGACCUAAUUAAUGAAAAAACAAUUACUUUUCAAAACUUUGAGAAAGCUGCAGAAAAUGCAAAUGAUUCCUUUUUGCAGCAAGAAAAUUGUUAUAAUGGUGAUACUAUAAUAAGUGGCGAAAAUUCUAAUUCACUUCUUGAAAUAAACUGCACUUAUGAUUUGACGCCGGAUCAUAUUUUAUUAGGUGCAGAAAACGGAUUAUUUGUUUAUUACACUUCUUCCAAUUUUCUACUAAAAAUAUUAGGCAUUGAUAACGUUCAGUCGUUUUCUGUAUCACAUAUUUUAGGCCUAAUUCUGUUCGCAGCAAACAAUGGAAACGAGGUACUGCAAUGCAAUUUAAUGAAAUUACAAAAUUAUGUUCAUUCAAAAAAUCCCAAGUUUGAACCAGAAAUAAAAACAAUUGAUGUCGCUAGUUGUAUUGAAAAUCGCGACAAAUUUCAUUUGACAGCUAUUUCGGACAUACAUAACAAUGAAUAUGCAGUUAUUGCUGGUUCUUAUCAAGUGAUCAUGAUGAAAUUUGACUUCAACUCGCAAUCCUAUAAAGUUUGGGAAUGCUUCAAAAUUUCAACUAAAGCAACAGCAAUUUUGUUUAUGCAUAAUUCCGUAAUUAUCAGUGCCAACAGGUUCUUGAAAAUAGAUUUAAAAACCUGUGAUAUGGAAGAAUUUAUAAACUUUACCAGUUAUAAUUCGAAUCAUUUGCAAAAUUAUCAGUCAAUGAAUAUUUUUAAAAUAAACUCAGACGAGUAUUUAACAUGUUUUACUGAAUGCGGAAUUUUCGUUGACAAGUGUGGUCGUAGAUCGCGGUCUUGUGAAAUAACAUGGGAACAUAUACCAACAAAUUUUUUAUAUCAAGCACCAUUUUUGUAUAUAUCCCACAUUCAAUUUAUUCAAAUAAUUCACUUGCAUCAAUCAUAUCACAAAACUGAAAAUUGUGAAGAGGAAAAUAUCAGUUUAAAUAUAAAGCGGGUUUAUCUCAACUUAUAUAUGCCAAUUCUAUUGGGACCUAGUGGACAUGCCAGUUGCUAUUCUUCAGCGCGUGAUAGAAAAAACGAGAAACUGGAGCUUGUUCUUUUAAAUGGAUUCAAAGGAAUGCAAUAUUUUUCUUCAGCUGUAAGAGAAUGUCAGUAACAUUUUAAAUAGAUUCAAGCCAUAAUUCUUAUUUAUUAAAACUAAUGUUUUUUAAUAAUGUUUAAAUAAAAUUGAAGCUUUAAAACGA